GAGGUCCCUAUCUUAAAGUUUCUUUUACUUUUGCUUACUCAAACCGCUUGCUCUCUGACCCGUGUCUACCAACGCCCUUUUACCCCAUUCUAUAUUCCAUGAAUUUCAACCAAUUUUGGUGACUAUGAAAAGCUCAACUUCAAAGCGUAGAGUGAAUGAUGGCUUUAAUAGAGAGAUUGGUUGGGAGCUCAGGCCGGGUGGCAUGCUUGUUCAAAAGAGAGAUGUUGGGGAUGCAUCUUCUGGGCAUAUGGUCAAGAUCAAAGUCUCCCAUGGUUCUUAUCAUCAUGAUAUCACUGUCCCCGCCCAAUCCACUUUCGGGGAUUUGAAAAUGGUUCUUUCCCAUGAGACUGGUCUGGAGCCUAAGGAGCAAAGAUUGCUGUUUCGAGGGAAAGAAAAGGAGGAUGAGGAAUGCUUGGAAAUGGCAGGUGUAAAAGAUACGUCCAAAGUUAUACUGUUGGAGGACCCGGCUAGCAAAGAGAAGAAGCUCGAGGAGAUGCAGAGAAACCAAUUUGUACUAAAGGCCUGUGAGGCAGUUGCCAAAGUGAGAGCAGAGGUUGAGAGGCUUUCAGAGAAGAUUAUUGCUUUGGAGGCAACCGUUCGCAGUGGCGGCAAGAUCAUGGAUAAGGAAUUUGUUGUCUUGACGGAGUUGCUCAUGAUGCAGUUGCUUAAAUUGGAUUCUAUUGAGGCUGAUGGAGAAGCAAAAGUGCAGAGACGGAUUGAGGUUCGUCGAGUCCAGAGCUUUGUAGACAUGCUCGACAAGCUCAAGGCACAAAACUCCAAUCCCUUUAGCAACAGUAAGGAUGUGGCGUCAGUGAAUACCAAAUGGGAGACGUUUGAGUCGGGAUUGGGAAGCCUGCAUGCCCCAACCCCACUGCAAUCCUCAACCAAAAUAACUCAGGACUGGGAAGUGUUCGACUAAAUGGAUGUUUGACUGAAGUUUUAUGGGUUUUUAUAUUCAAUGCUGGAAGACCAUCUUCAUAGAAGCCGGAACCCAUUUAUAUUUGUACAACUUUGGGUGUGUAAGCAUGGUUUAAAAUGAAAGAUUAAGGUGCUUUUCUAUUC